UUUAAGUUAUGUUGAUUUUCAUGUGCAGUCAGUGAGAAGCAAUCAAAUACAUGGCCAGUGGGUGAAAAGAGAGAACUAGAGGAAGAAAGUACUGAAAAUAAGGAUGCUCUCAUGUCUCUAUGCAAGAGGCUAUAAAAAACUUAAAGCUUCAUUAACCACAGGCACAUCAUGACCUGUCCAAAACAGAGCAUGCCCUGCUAUUAACCCAUUAACUUUUUUUUGUUAUUGUAGGCAGCAUUUGAAUGGGAACAUAUCCUACUUUCACUGAGACUGAACCGUUGUAAAAGGAGCAACUUACAGACUUGAGCUCUUUCUUAAAGAAAUGAGAGCGAGAAACAAAGCAAGAGAGACCAAUGGAAAAAAGCACAACAGAGAAGAAGACAAAGAAAAUGAAUGCUAGAAAACAUGAUUAGAAGACAGCAAUGAAUUUGAGCAGCUACCUACAGAAUCAAGGAGUCGAAUGGCCUCUGUUGUUACAGUGAAGACAGAGAAGCGUCCUUCCCAUGACUCUGAGGAUGGCGACACAGUGGCUAAGAAGGCCAGGAAGUUGUUGCCCAGCCUGAAGACCAAGCGCGCCCCUGAGCUGGUGCUGGUGAUCGGCACGGGGGUGAGUUCAGCCGUAGCUCCUCAGGUGCCGGCGCUGCGCUCCUGGAAAGGUCUGAUCCAGGCGCUGCUAGAUGCUGCCAAUGACUUUGAUCUGCUUGAGGAGGAAGAGAGCCGCCGCUUCCAGAAAAGUCUGCAAGAGGACAAGAACCUGGUGCAUGUUGCUCAUGACCUUAUCCAGAAACUUUCACCGAGGACGGGAAAUGUACGCUCCACCUUUUUUAAAGACUGCCUCUACGAGGUGUUUGAUGACCUGGAGUGUAAGAUGGAGAACGCUGGGAAGCAUCUCCUCCGCUCCGUGCUGCAGUUAAUGGAGAGCGGCGCUCUGGUCCUCACCACUAACUUUGACAAUCUGCUAGAGAUUUACGCCACCCAUCAAGGGACCAAGCUGGAGUCUCUGGAUCUCACAGAUGAGAAGAAGGUUCUGGAGUGGGCUCAGGAGAAGAGAAGACUGAGCGUACUCCAUAUUCACGGUGUUUACACAAACCCCAGCGGCAUCGUACUGCAUCCUGCUGGCUACCAGAACGUUCUGAGGAACACAGAAGUCAUGAGGGAGAUCCAGAAACUCUACGAAACCAAGUCUUUUGUGUUCCUGGGCUGUGGGAGGACAGUGGAUGACACUACCUUCCAGGCCCUGUUUCUCGAGGCGGUCAAACACAAGUCUGACCUUGAGCAUUUCAUGCUGGUGCGGCGAGAGGAUGUGGGCGAAUUCAAGAAGCUCCGUGACAACAUGCUAGACAAGGGCAUUAAGGUCAUCUCAUACGGCAACGAAUACGCCGACCUGCCGGAGUACUUCGAACGACUGGCCAAUGAGAUUUGCAACCGGGAUGUGGAUCGCGACGUGGUAACCAAUGGCUGGGGAUCUCCCAUCUCACAAGGCGAAGAAAGUCAUAAUGGCUUUACGACCCAGAAAAACCUCCUGCAAGUGCAUGCUUCUAGAACGACAGAAACAUGAAUACAGCACAAGGGCUUCUGUUGUUGUUUUAUACUCACCUUCCCACUGUACUCCUCCGCACCCGUGGCUUCCCGUGAUGAAAUCAGCUGAUGCGCACUGUGUUGUAACGAGACCUUCAUUGUAGCUCUUCCUCUUUCCCUGUCCAGACUACCACUCGUGACACAAGUGGCAGUCUGGGAACGUUUCCACAGCUCUGCUGCCCCCUUCCGCUCGGAUCUGGUAUGACUAGAUCUUCACGCACAGCAGACUCAUUUCUCAUACUUAACCCGAGCGCCGCCAGUACCGCUUCACAUGGGAAAGGCGUCAGUAAAAGCACCACCAAGCAAACUGUGAACUCCUGCAACUCGGAAAAUGUUGAUGAAACUUCAUGUGAGUGAGGGAGAUUUUUUUUUAUGUGGUUUUAAGUGAAGUGUGGACCAAGAAUAAUGUUCAGGGAAGUCUGAUCUUAAACGUGAGCUGUCAAAUACCAAAACAUUUGAACAGGACUGUUAGUAAUGCAGUCUCACUUCCCAUUUUUCACAUCAGUAAAUGCACCAGCAAUAUUAAAAUGGUGAUUGUGUGAACCUCACAAAAUGAUCAAGAAAUGUCCAUGUCAUAUUUCAUCCCUAAAUAAGUGUGUAUAUACUGUUAACUGUUAACAUGGUUAAUUUUGCAUUGCAACAUAUUUUUAUCACACCUAAACACUGCCCACCUUCAAAUUCGGAUUACCGUAAUGUGAAAAAUCCCUCAUUAAAUAAAAA